AUGAUUUUGAAGAUGUCCAUGUCCUCCUCCAACAACACCAACCAACCCUUAAGUUCUUCCAACCUUCCAUCCGAACACCAACCAAACCCAAAGGGCGGUCUCAACGCCAUCACUAUACGGUCGGAAACUACAUUGGAAGAGAUACCUCCAAGGGUUUUAGAGGACAUUUAUGAGGAAGAAGUGAUUGUUGAAGCUCCACCUGAAAAGGGGGAGGUAGACAAAAGGCAUGAGGAAGAAGGAGUAAACCUCAAGGAACCCAAGAGGAAAGCUCUAGUGGAUGAGUCCAUCCAUAUUCCAUUCCCUUCCAUUGUGAAGAAAGCAAAGAAGACACCGGAAUUUGAUUUGAACAUGCUUCAAGUAUUUAAGAAGGUUGAGGUAACCAUACCACUUCUUGAUGCUAUUCAACAAAUUCCAAAGUAUGCAAAAUUCUUGAAAUACUUAUGCACACACAAAUAUAGGAUAGGAGAAUUGGAGACAUUAUCCUUGGGUAGUUCAAUUUCUUCCUUGAUGGAACCUAUUCCAAAAAAAUGUGGUGACCCUGGGCCUUGUUUGGUGUCUUAUUGUAUUGGUGGACACACUUUUCAUGAUUGUAUAUGUGAUCUUGGAGCUUGUGUAAGCAUCAUGCCGCUUUCUACCUUUGUGCGGUUGAAUUUAGCUCCAUUUAAGAAGUCGGCGGUGAGGUUUGCCUUGGUCGAUAAAAGUGUAAUCAUAGUAACAGGAAUAGCCGAAGAUGUACUUGUGGCGAUCAAGGAUUUGAUCUUUCCGGCUGACUUUUACAUCUUUGAAAUGCCUCCAACAGAAAAUAGAAGCUCAUCCUCCGUUCUACUUGGUAGACCCUUCCUUAAGACCUAUAAAUUCAUGUUAGAUGCCUUCACCGGUACAUAUUCCUUUGAGGUUGGAGACAAGACUAUCAAGUUCAAUUUGGAAGAAGCCAUGAAGCAUCCUCCUGAAAAGCAUUCCGUUCUCCGAUGUGAUGUAAUUGAUGAAGUUGUAGCGGAAGUGCAAGAAGAAGACCAUAACAAGUUGUGCUACCACAUUGUUGAAGAGACAGAUGACCAAGAGGGUGAACAUGAGAAAGUUGUUAAGAAUGAACUCUGUGAGCUUGACGAAAAGGAACCUCGGCUUGAGGCAAAAAGUGAAUUGAAGCCUCUUCCAUCUCAUUUGAAGUAUGCUUUCUUAGAGGACAACCAAAAAUUUCCGGUCAUUAUUACUAGUAAGCUUUCUAGUGAAGAAGAAAAGCUCCUAGAUGUUCUCAGAAAGUACAAGAAGGCAAUUGGUUGGAGCCAAGCCGAUAUUGUGGGGAUUGACCCUUGCAAGUGCAUGCAUCGGAUAUUUCUCCAAGAUGGAGCUAGGCCGGUUAGGCAACCGCAAAGGAGGCUCAAUCUAACUAUCCUCAAUGUGGUAAAGAAGGAGGUCACUAGGCUACUUGAUGCGUGUAUCAUAUACCCAAUUUCUGAUAGUGAAUGGGUGAGCCUGGUCCAGGUUGUUCCCAAGAAAUUAGGCAUCACUGCGGUUACAAGGGAUGAUGGUGAAGUGGUCACCAAGAGAAUUCACAUUGCUCCUGAAGAUCAGGAAAAGACCACAUUCACUUGCCCUUUUGUCACCUUUGCCUAUAAAAGGAUGCCAUUUGGACUAUGUAAUGCACCCGCUACUUUUCAGCAGUGCAUGACCAGUGUCUUUUCUGAUCUAAUAGAGAAUUGUCUGGAAGUCUUUAUGGAUGACUUCAGUGUUUGUGGAACUUCUUUUGAUUCUUGCUUUGAGAACUUGGCCAAGGUCUUGGCUAGAUGUGUUGACACCAACCUUGUCUUAAAUUUUGAAAAAUGUCAUUUUAUGGAUGUGGACUUUGAGUUUGACAGUGAAUGUGUGAAAGCUUUUGAAGAGCUAAGGAGAGCUCUUACCACGGCACCGAUUGUGCGAGAACCCAACUGGAUGUUGCCAUUUGAGAUAAUAUGCGAUGCGUCAAACCAAGCUAUAGGUGUCGCACUUGCACAGCGCGAUGGUAAACUCCCUUAUGUCAUUGCAUACUCUUCUAAAACACUUGAUGCGGUACAAUCCAACUAUACCACUACUGAAAAGGAACUCCUAGCUAUUGUUCAUGCUUUAGAUAAAUUCAGAUCUUAUUUGCUAGGAUCAAAGAUAGUGGUAUACACGGAUCAUGUGGCUUUGAAAUACUUAUUGUCAAAGAAUGAGUCAAAACCUAGACUCAUACGUUGGAUCUUGCUUUUGCAAGAAUUCGACAUUGAGAUUAAGGACCGGAGUGAAUCUCAAAACUUGGUUGUGGAUCAUUUAAGCUGCCUUUAG